AUGCCAGCCAAGACCCCCAUCUACCUGAAGGCCGCCAACAACAAGAAAGGGAAGAAGUUUAAACUCAGGGACAUCCUGUCCCCCGAUAUGAUCAGCCCUCCCCUCGGGGACUUCCGCCACACCAUCCACAUCGGCAAGGAGGGCCAGCACGACGUCUUCGGCGACAUCUCCUUCCUCCAGGGCAACUACGAGCUCUUACCGGGGAACCCCGAGAAGGCCGCCCCGGGCCCGCUCCCCGGGCACAGCGAGUUCCUCCGGGCCAACAGCACCACCUCGGACUCCGUGUUCACGGACACGCCCUCCCCGGUGCUCAAGAACGCCAUCUCCCUGCCCACCAUCGGGGGGUCCCAGGCGCUCAUGCUGCCCCUGCUGUCCCCGGUGACGUUCCACUCCAAGCAGGAGGCCUUCGGGCCGGCCAGGCUGGCCCGGCUGCCCUGCGAGCCCGUGGCCGAGGAGAAGGCCCCGGAGAGGAGCCGUCUGAUGGGCAACGGGGUGGCCCACCAGGGCGACGUCUCCUGGGCCUCCAGCGGGUCCGCGUCCGUGUCGCAGUCCAGCCAGGGCAGGGACAGCCACUCCUCCAGCCUCUCCGAACAGUACCCCGACUGGCCGGCCGAGGACAUGUUUGACCACCCGGCCCCCAGCCAGCUCGUCAAGGAAAAGACUAAGUCGGAGGAGUCCCUCUCGGAUCUCACGGGCUCCCUCCUCUCCCUGCAGCUCGAUCUCGGGCCCUCGUUCUUGGACGAGGUGCUGAACGUCAUGGACAAAAAUAAGUAG